AAAAGCUUUGUUAAAACACCGGUUCGUUCACGAAAUAAACCUCACUAUAAUAGUCAUGUGUGACUUAAAGUAAACAGUGCAAUGACACUUAUCAAAGUCCAACUCUAGAUUUACUUUAGUGGACGACUGCGGAAAAUGUUGGUACAUCAAGGUGUUGAGCUGGAAACGCCUCCCUCAGGACUUGAGAGAGAGUUUAAUACUCUUUUUAAUUCUGAUGCUCUGCAAUUUCUCUCUGAACUCAUCUCUGUCUUCCAAGCAGAGGUUGACAAGGUUUUGAAUCUACGAGUUCUCCGGAAAGUUCAGUUGGAUCUGACUGGAGAGUUGCCAGGCUUUCUAAAGUACACAGCUCACAUCCGAAAUGAUCCCAGCUGGAGAGUGAGUCCAGUUCCAGACCGAUUACACUGCAGACAUGUAGACGUUGGUGACCUUUCACCCUGUGAUGCACAACGACUCAUCAAAGGACUCAAAUCUACUGCCCAAGGGUUACAGAUCGAUUUUGAUGAUGGGAACUGUCCAACAUAUCGCAAUCAAAUAAAGGGCAUUUACAAUGUUUAUCAGGCUGUGCACAACAGGUUUCAGGAUGUACCACCCAUUUCUCAGGCUCCAGUGCUGAUGCUCCGCCCUCGAGCAUGGAACAUGGUGGAGCACAAUAUGAUGGUGAAUGGUCGAGAGGUUCCAGGUCCACUGUUUGAUUUUGGUCUGCUGAUGUUUCAUAAUGCAAAACUACUUCUUCAAAACCAGAGUGGCCCUUUUUUCUACUUGUCCAAGGUUGAAAGCUACAUGGAGGCCAGACUCUGGAGUCAGAUUUUUUUCUGGACUGAGAAGAAGCUUGGCCUGCCAGCGGGCUGUAUAAAGGCCACCGUGUUGAUCGAGUGUGUCCUGGCAUCGUUCGAGAUGGAGGAGAUUUUGUACGAGCUCAAGGAGCACUCUGCUGGUCUAAACUGUGGCAUCUGGGAUUACUCCGCUUCCUUUGUCAACAAAUUCGGUCAUCGAGCUGAUUUCCUCCUCCCUGAUCGCAGUAAGUAUGUGGAUAUGGAGAAGCGGUUCCUGCACAGCUACAUGGAUCUUCUGGUGCAGACGUGUCACCGCAGGGGUGCCCUAGCAACAGGUGGCAUGGCAGCAUUGCUGUUGCCUAGAGAAAAAGAGAGUGACCUCUACAAGACUGUACUCAGAACUGUCACCAGACUUAAAUUACUGGAGAUCAAGGCAGGAGUUGAUGGGUUCAUGGUCUACGACAUGGACCUGAUUGAGCCCAUGCAAAAACUGUUUCAGCUUCACUCUCAUGGUCAGAAUCAACUCCUGCAGCUGCGUGAAGACAUCACUGUGACCCCUGAAGACUUGCUCACUAUGCCUCCAGGAGGAGUAACACUUUACGGACUGAGGUAUAACAUUGCUGUAGGAAUCCUCUUCAUUGAAGCCUGGCUUUCAGGUAGAGGUCAUUUCUUCUAUCUGGGGAAGGUUGAGGACUCGGCAACAGCAGAGAUAUCCAGAUCUCAGGUUUGGCAGUGGAUCCGGCACCAAGUGAGACUGGAGGAUGAUGGGGCAGCAGUGACCCGAGCUCUUGUCAGCAGUUUGGCUGAAGGUUUGACAGAAGAUCUGAAGGCAGCCAUAUAUUGCCAAACAAGCAGGGACAAAAAGAGGUUGAUGACUGCUGUGUCCAUGUUUAUAGAAAUAGUGCAGAAGAAUGAUUUCCCAGAGUUCCUCACCACAUACCUUAACCUGGACCACACUUUCCUCAGCUCUCAGAGCCAACAUGAGAACGGACAGACAGACACGGUGCCCAAAGCCAGACUCUAGCCUGCCGAAAUGAAUUACUUCUACAUCACAAGCAAAAUAAUACAAUCAUGAACGCUUUUUGUCUUAAGAUUUGUUAACUCACAAACUCUCUAUACCAAAUUUUAGACAAAUAAUUAUGAAGAUGGUUUAUGAGAGUAAAAAAAAAAAAAAAAAAAGGACAGGAAAUUUACUUCAGUUUACCUAUAGCACAGUGAUUCUCAACCAGGAUACCUCAAGAUGACUUAAAGCCAAAAUAUACCAAUAAGGCA